UCUCUGUUGGUUCGGCCAAAGUUACAAGUGCAUCGCUUGAUCGAGGAGAGUUGUUUGUUGUGUGUGUGAGUCGAGUGUGUGUGAGUGCACAUUGAGUUUGUGAUUGUUCGAGCGAAAAACCGGAAAUAUCUCAGUUCUGCUGCAGUCUUUGACGAAUCGUCACUUCGUAAAUUUGUUCGUGAUGCCCGGAAGUAGGAGCUCGGUUCGCCAGUUUGUCCAGCAUUAAAAAAGGACAGCACAAAAAAUUGUCGACAGCAAACGAAAACACGACGGAGAAGGAAAGUCAAAAUGAGAAGCGAGCCGACCACGAGUGAAUUGCAGGCCCUUGCCACCAGGCAGCAGCAGCAGCUGGAUACUCAAGCUCGGCUGAUUGCAGCCCGAGAGAAUCGUUUGCGACAGGUGCAGGAGGGGGUCCAGGCCGCCAGUGAUGCUAGUUCCAGCAGUGAGGCGGAGCGAGUCCGCAAAUUGCGCGAGAGAGUUGAAGCCCAGGAGGCCAAAUUGCGCAAACUACGAGCUCUGCGGGGCCAGGUUGACCAGCAGCGCAUCACCAACGGAUCAUUGUCUGCUGACUUGACGUCGAUUCGAGCGCUCUUCAACGAGAAAGAGAAGGAGCUGAGUAUGGCGGCUGCCCAGGUGGAGGAGCUAACACGGCAGUUGGAACAGUUCGGCACACAGGCCCACCACGCCCAGGCUCAUCCGGGAAGCAAGGCUUACUUUGUUCAGCUUCACCUUGAACGUCUGCGAGCCGAACUAAUGUAUCGGAAUAAAGUGAACGAACAAAAGGCGGCCGAUUUGAAGGAAAAGAAGGCUAGGCUGCUGGAGAACCGCGAAAACGUUGGCGACAUGGAAAUUCGAAUUAAUGAGCUGCGUGAACGACUGCAGCGCAAGAAGAUGCUUAAUCAGCAGCUGGCCAACCAACUCAGCGAUGCGUCGCAGAAGAAUAACAAAGUUUUGUCCCAGCAGCAGCAGCAGCAGCAGCAAAGGCCCACCAAGAAUUCAGUGUCUCAAGUGGCAGCUAUUGAACCGUUUAAUCGCCAACAACAGCCGCAACAAUCGAACGUUAGCGAUCAGCGCGACGACGAUGUGACGGAUUUCAGCAAGAACGACCCCAAGUACCAGACGUUGCCCUACAACACUCGUUUCUUGCCCAUGAACUUCCACAACAACAAUAAUAACAACAACAACAACAAGAGAGGGUCGCCGACGAUGAUGAAAAGUCUUAAAGUGGCCUCGGUCCCGCCACAGGUGGCCGAGAAACCCGCGCUCCCGCCAAAGCCCGCCGUGAAUUAUAAGCCCCUUUUACCGCCAAGACAAAAUCCCGACAAAGAUUCUUCGGUCGACCCGUCUCAACCCCCUUCUGAUGAGAAGGGUACGGACUAUUUGCUGGCCAAAGCGGAACUCCCACUCAAACCUAAACCUUUAACGCUAAAGAAACACGUGAUUCCGCCUCCGCCGCCUCCCCUGCCGCCUCCGCCACCGUCGCAGCCGCCAGAGUUCCUGGCCGAGCUAACCAAGGAUGAGGCGAUGGAUGCCGAGGAUGAGCGGGAUGAUGAAUCGUCGCAUCCGCAAAUAGAACAAGCGGAGGACAGGGUAGGUGCCACGUAUUCGGACCAAUCGGGCGAAUCUCCGAUGGCAUCGGCGCAUCCACUUUCUGCACCCAACUACGAUGAAGACUCGGCGGUUGAUAAGGGAGCGGCGUCGCUAAUGACAGAGGCACGCGAUCCCUCGCCGCCACUAGAAGGCGUGGCCAGACGAUUGCGCAAGGGUAAUUUAAAGAGCGGCACAGCCGACGCUUUGCGAAAGUCGCGGCGAGUCAGCUUCGAUCCGUUGGCUUUGCUAUUGGACGCCUCGUUGGAAGGCGAACUAGAACUCGUUAAAAAGACUGCGCUUGAGGUGUCUAAUCCCAGCGCUGCCAAUGACGAAGGAAUUACGGCGCUUCACAACGCCAUAUGCGCCGGUCAUUUAGAGAUCGUGCGGUUCCUCGUCGAACUUGGCUGUGACGUCAAUGCCCAAGACAGUGAUGGAUGGACGCCUUUGCAUUGUGCCGCCUCGUGCAACAAUCUGGCCAUGGUGAAGUUCUUGGUGGAGCACGGCGCUUGUAUUUUCGCGGCCACGCUCAGCGACCAAGAAACCGCCGCCGAAAAGUGCGAGGAGGACGAAGAAGGCUUCGAUGGAUGCUCGGAAUAUCUUUACAGCAUACAGGAGAAGCUGGGCAUUUUGAAUGGCGGCAGAGUAUCGGCCGUUUACGAUUACGAAGCGCAGAAUUCUGACGAACUAACGUUCCGGAUGGGUGAUGAACUUGUUGUGUUGCGGAAGGGCGACGACUACGAGCGCGAAUGGUGGUGGUCCCGGCUCAGCGAUCACGAGGGAUACGUGCCGCGUAAUUUACUCGGGCUGUAUCCUCGGAUGAAACGUAAGGAAUCGGAAGAGUGAUCGAACCAUGUUUUUCGUCCAUGAUGAUCUGCAUUUGACACGGUCUUACACGCCAUCACACACUACACGCAACAUCUCUCGGUUUUUAUUUUUCAUCGUUAUCUACCCGUUUUUUCUCUCGCCCUUUUUUUUUUUUUUGGAAUGUUGGGUCGGAUAGACUUCCUAUUCAUGCAAAACCGAUUUUUAUUUGCUCCGGCUGACUUGACAAUCUCACUGUUUUUUGACAAUCUCCCCUUUUGUGUAUGUUGUGUUAUGUUUUUUUUUUGAGGCCCCUGGGCGUUCGCAGCGAAACUCAAUACGCGUGUAAAAAAAAGAUAAAAAAAAGAUGGGGUUUUCGACUUCCUUAUCGUGCGGGAAGGAUUCUCUGUGAAUUGGACUUGUUUUUUCGGUACGUUGAGAAAACAGUUUUUUUGGAUGUUGGAAACUCAAUAGCCUCGAGUGUAAGAAAGAGGAAACAAAAAACGGUUUUAUCUCACCUUAAAUCUGACCGCAUGCUGUGUCACAUAUCGCUUUAGGUAUCGCUUUUUUGCCACCCUUUUUUUUUCCACCCUCCAUACGCAUUUUUCAUUGUUGCUGUUAUGUCCCUUUUUUUCCCUUUACGUCGUCGCCAUUCAAGUUUUUGUUCAUGGCAGACUCCCUUCCUCUGAUUAGCUUUUUUUUCCCUCUCUCUCCUCCCCUCUUUAUGCAUAUAAACAAAACAAUGAGCGAAAGAUAUAAAAACAACAAUGUUCUAGUGAUUUGAUUGGGCUGGUGAUGAUAAAAGAACUUUCUCGUUGUGUGUCGUCAAAGAAAAGAAGAAAAUUUACGUUUCGCCUCACCUGCAAUACAUUCACCUGCCCUUGCAGCAGGUUUGCAAAACA